UAGAAGCUUCCGACGAGCAUCUCCACGUUCAUUCCUUCCCGGCGGAGAGCUUUACCAAUAACUCCCACCGGUACCUCGCCGGUGACAAUGGUAAGGUGGCCGGCGCCGCCGCCGCCACCCGACGGCGCGCAGGCCUUCGGCCAUGACGCCAUUGCGCUCUCCUUCUUCGUGGUGUGCGUGGCGGCGACCGUCGCGCUGGCGUCGUCCAUGUGCUCGGCGUGCGGCCGCAAGCCGAAGGCGGCGACCCCGCCGGACGCCGCCGCGUCGGACCAGCCGGCCUGGACGGGGUCCGUCUCCGGCGGCAGCCAGCAGGAGGCCGGCGGCGCCGAGGAGGAGGGCGCGGAGGUAGUCAGGCUGUCGCCGGAGCUGGCGACGCACGGCGCCAUCGACCCGGUGGUGCUGCCGUCGUCGACGUCGAAGCGGCGGCUGUCGAUGAGCAUGAGCAAGAACCUGAGCAUGAACAUCCCGGACAAGCUACGGCUGAGCCGGCGGGAGCGCAAGGACCACCAUCACAAGGUGGAGUCGGAGGACACGCUGUGGAAGAAGGGCAUCAUCCUCGGGGAGAAGUGCAGGAUCCCUGGGGAGAGGGAGGCUGAGCUAGGCGACGGCGGCGUCGACCCCGCCGACGAGCUCGCCGCCGGGAGCUUCCGGCGGUCGAGCUACUCCCGGCCCGUGUCGCGGUCGAGCUCGUUCGCAUUGCACCAGCAGCACCCGCCGCAGCAGCACGACACCCCCGGCUCGGAUUCUUGACGCUACCCAAUGGUCCGGGAGGGGACGCUGCGUGUGUAGGGGUCAAUGGGGAGGGAUGCUAGUGUGAUGGGAAGUGCAUUCAGAUUCAGGUGUGGUGGCUCUUUAACUUUUUCUUGUGUCAUGUGCUCAUGUAAAGUCUGUUCUUUGUGAAUUGUGCGCUCUGGAUGCAUGGAUGAUCUUUGGGAGCAAGGCCCCG